AUGGAGGUCAAACUGUUAUGCUGUGACAUCAUGCUCAUGAUCUUAGCUGUUGCAGAGUCUCAGUCACAACUAGAUGUUUCUUCACACUGCCUGUCCCGACUGCCGACCCACAGACUGGGAUUUCCCAACCUCACUGCUGUCAUCAAAAAGAUGAAACCAUCCACCUGUGACCUGGACCCCUUCCCCACAGCCCUGGUAAAAUCCAACCUCCAUGCCAUAAGUCCCCUCAUCACAAAGGUCAUUAAACACUCCCUCCAGGCUGGCCAUGUUCCAUGUGUCAUCAGGCCACUUCUCAAAAAACUCACCCUAGAACCAGAAGUCUUUGCCAACUACAGGCCCAUCUCCAACCUUCCAUUCUUUUCCAAGCUGCUGGAAAGGAACACAGAAACAGUCCUGGUCCGGGUCACAAAUGACCUGUUGAUGACUGCAGACGCUGGCUCCCCAUCUCUUCUCAUCCUCCUGGACUUGACUGCAGCAUUCGACACUGUGGACCACAACAUCCUCCUCCACCGUCUAAAUUCCACUAUCAGUGUUUCUGACUCUGUCCAUGAGUGGUCCUCAUCCUACCUCACCAGGAGAACUGAGCAUGUCGCCUUGGAAGAGGCUAAAUCCCUGACACGCAACGUCACCUGUGGUGUCCCUCAAGGCUCAGUGCUCGGAAGCAAGGCCCAGUCAGAUGUUUGUGGCACUGCGCCGCUCAACACCAGGAUUGCAGGAGGGGCGGAUGCUCCUCCCGGGUCGUGGCCCUGGCAGGCCAGUCUGCAGAUGAACGGAUUUCAUUUCUGUGGAGGCUCCCUGAUCAACAACCAGUGGGUCCUGACUGCUGCUCACUGUUUCUCCAACGUCAGACUCGGUCUCACCGUUAACCUCGGCCUUGAGACCCUAGACUUGUUUAAUACAAACGGGAUGUCCCGGACUGUGUCCCAGUUCAUCCAGCAUCCCAACUAUAACACCACCACGAAGGAUAACGACAUAGCCUUGCUGAAGCUGUCCUCACCUGUUACCUUCACCGACUACAUCAGACCCGUGUGUCUGGCGGUGGACGGCAGCGUCUUUAACAACGGGAUGAGUGGCUGGGUCACCGGAUGGGGAGCCAUCGAAACUAACACUCCACUUCCUUUCCCAGAGAGGCUGCAGGAGGUGAGUCUUCGAUUCGUGUCCAACAGUGAUUGUAACGUUACCUACGGUGGUAAAAUCACAAACAACAUGAUCUGUGCUGGUGUGACCCAGGGAGGAAAGGGCUCCUGCCAGGGGGAUGCAGGAGGCCCGCUGGUGACUAAAAACGGCUCUGUCUGGGUCCAGGCUGGAGUGUGGGUCCAGGCCGGAGUGGUGAGUAGUGGAGAAGGUUGUGCUGAGCCCAACAAUCCAGGAAUCUACACCAGAGUGUCUGAAUAUCAAUCCUGGAUCAACAGCAAGAUCCCCACCAACCAGCCGGGCUUCAUCAUCUUUCGGCCCCCUGGGACUGACAGUGACCUCAGCGAAGUUUAA